CAUCUUUGUUUUCCAAUCGGGGUAGUUUAACGGUGGCAGACUGUUGAGUCCCAAACAAGAACAUGGAAACAUUGCAAGAAUAUUCAGCAGCAGCAGAAAUGGACAGCCUAAGUCUUCCAAAGCAACAGACCCAGCAUGCCCAGCCAGUGUCUGGUGAAGGCCAGGGCCAGGCAGAGUUUGAUCCGGACAGAGCUGACUUUCUUGAGCAAAGCAUUCCAUCUGAGUCAGCUUGCAGUGACAUCCCGCUCAGCUUCACCAACCCCACUCAGGAGUUCCCACAGACCUCCAUGCUGCAGGCCUCAGCACAGCAGAUGCCUCAGACGCAGCAGAUGCCCCCAAUGUCAAAUUCCGUCAACAGGGAAAUCUUGAACCAGCGCACCCAGCAACUGAUCAACGACAUCAAUGCCAAGAGAAAAAGGGACACGACUCUGCUGGCUGACUUCAAGAAAGCGAUGGAGCUACAAGCAUCCAGUUCUUAUGAAAGCCUCGAGCAGGCAAUGUUCCAGAUGUACGAGGGAAACGGCAAAGCCAUCCAGGAGAAGUUACAAGAACUCUUCGCCACCUUGGACCGCAUCUCCACGCUGGAGAUGGAGCUGGAGCAGUUCAAGACUUCCCUGGGGGCGCUCUACUCGGAGAUCCAGGGACCUGCUGCCAGGCCGACAUGAAUAUUCACAAGCCCAGCGUGGAGGGAAGGGAAGUUGAUUUCAUAAUAGACCGAUCCAUUGUGCUUCACCCUGUAAUGUUUUGACUGUGCCACUCACAGCCAUGAACCCUCCCUCUCUGGCUGGCAAAUUCAGCUACGCCAUCACAGCAGUCAAAAUCAAUCAAGUGACUGUUUUUAACAGUUCAGAAUUGCCUUGUUUAUGCUUUGACUGGAGGUGAUUGAUACGCCAGAUGUACACCUACAGUACCAGUUACCUCCUUUGUAUGUUGAUGGAAUUUGACUAGUCACUAGUUUUUUUUUACUAGUCUGUAUACCAAUACAUGGGAGAGAAAGUUGAAGAAAUUUUUGUUUUGACUGAGCUGUGAUUGAUCAGACAUGUUGGACAAAAGCCUCGUGAAUAGAAAAGUCCAACAUGCAUGCAUGCACCACAGAUCCUCUACACAAGGAUAAAUGACUCAUCUGAGCUUGUGUACAAAUGUACGAAAUGGUUUGUCUACAUGCGUAAUAUGCUGCGUCCGUGCAAAGAACAACGCAUAGAACA